AUGCUUUCAGCCGCUCGCGCGGCGGCCGAUCUCCUGCUGCCAGAGUUGGGUCGCGGGCUGAGCACCGGCGUGGCGCUGUACGCGGCGAACCAGGGGCACGCGCAGUGCCCUGCGUGCUCGUGCGCGCCGCAGUUCCACUGCCCUGAGCUGCGGUGCGACUGCUCAGGCCUUCAGGGCUCUAGCAGUCACGGGCCCAGCCUCUGGGCCGUGGCGCUGGCCUGCGCCGCCAGCGGGCUGGUUGGGGCCUCCACCGCCGCGCUGGCCUUCUGGCGUGCUGGUGGGCGCUUCGUGGCGGCCCAUCGUCCGCAGGUCGGCGGUGGCAGGGAGCCUGACUUCGAGGAGGAGGCCCGGGCUCAGGCGCGCCCCGGCGACUUCAUCGGGGUGCAGUACCACGUGGCGGGCGGGGCCCUGAUCCACGAGCGCGUGGUGGUGCUGGCGCCGCCGGGGCUGCCUGGCGCGGCGUGCAUCAUCACGCCCGACGCGGACGAGUACGACGAGCUGCACGUGGGGUCGCCGGACGUGCUGCGGUGGGACGUCUUCCCUGGCGGCGCGGCGGGAGGCACGAUGGCCUGGGCGCCUGGCGCCCGCUACUACAGGUUCCGUAGCCUGCCCACCCCGGCCACGCUGCUCACCGCCGCAGCCGCGGCUGCCGGCCGUCUCGGUCUUGCUGCCCCGCCUGGGCCCAUCGUGGCCAACGCAGGUGCUGCGGCCCACGCUGCUGCGCCUGGCGCUCUGGCGGACGCCCGUGUGCUGCCUGUGGCGUACAACGCCCUCUGCCAGAGGAAGCUCGGCUUCUCCGAGGCGGUGCUGCGGCUCGUGGAGCACGACUGGCCGGACUGGCCGAUCUCGGGGCCGCGGACCACGUUGUGGGUGUGCCUGUUCAUGAAGGACAACGGCAUGUCCCCGCUGGGUCGCCACAGCAAGUGGCGUUCGGAGGGGCGCCUGGCUUUGACUGACGCGGGGGUCGCCGAGCACGAGCGCUGCUGUUUCUACCUAGAGCAGGUGGUGUGCUACGACCUUCUCAAUGUGCCGGACGUGGCGGCGGCGGAGAUGGUCUGCAGGAGCAUCCAGGUGCAGGAGGAGAGGUGGCGGGAGCGGUUCAUUACCAAUGCCGACGAGUCCCUCGACUCUCACCUGUUCUACGGCACCUCGGCCAACCGGGGCAACGUGUGUGUCCACCCGCAGCUGCUUGCCUAUGUCAGCGGUGAGCUCUCGAAGGAGUAUGCCGUGGCCAAGGAGAGGCGCAAGGCUCGCGAGGAGCGCCAGAGCGCCAGGGCGCCCAACAACAAGGACAAGAAGGGCGGCAAGGACAAGGACAAGGAGGAAGGCAAGGGGUGA